AUGCCUUCCAGCCUACCCAAGGAUGACAAAGCCUAUAGCAGCCAGCCAGAGGAGGAGAAUGAUGAUACGGGAGUAGGACAGGCUGAUGGCAGACGAGGCGCAGCUGUUGAUGAACGAUUUGCUGAUGAGAGUUACAAACUUUUUUCAAAGAUCAAUGCAACAGAACUUUCACCCGAAGAGGCCAAGAAGUUGAGGAACAAAUGUCUAUGGCGUGUUAUUCCGUUUCUUUGUCUGGGGUACCAUUUGAUGUAUGUCGAUAAACAAACGUUGGGAAGUUCUGCUAUCUUGGGUAUUAUGGAAGACAACAACUUGAGCUCGAACGAGUAUAACUGGCUCUCUUCCAUAUUCUAUUUUGGGUAUUUGCUCGCCGAGUGGCCUCAGAAUUGGGCUUUGCAGAGGUUUCCAGUAGCCAAAUGGCUUUCACUAAAUCUGGUCAUUUGGGGCGGAAUCAUCCUUCUUCAUAUCCCAUGUAAAAGCUUUGGGUCGCUAUUUGCCGUGCGAUUUUUGCUUGGGCUAGCGGAAGCUUGUAUUGUUCCAGCAUUUCUACUCAUCAUGUCCAUGUUCUUCACCUAUCACGAACAAGCUGUGAUUAUGCCAGUUAUGUGGUCUAUUGGAAAUUCCAGUCCUAUCACUUCCGGUCUUCUAUCAUAUGGUGUUUUAUGGAUCGAUACCCCAGGAUUUGCACCUUGGAGAUGGUUCAUGGUCAUCACUGGUGUUGUGACGGUCAUCUUUGGGGCUUGUGUCUAUUUGUACUUCCCGGACAGCCCGGUCCAUGCACGCUUUCUCACUUUAGAGGAGCGAGCUAAGGUUAUCAUACGAAUCAGAGAAAACCAAUCCGGUAUCGAGCAAAAGCGGUUCAAGAAAUAUCAAUUCAUAGAGGCUAUCAGCGAUCCAAAAACAUGGCUCUUCUUCCUCCAUGCCUGGUCCCAGGAGAUGGCAAAUGGUGUGACAAACCAGUAUUCCUUGAUCAUCAACUCGUUCGGUUUCACAGUUUUACAAACAACUCUCCUCGGCAUGGUAACUGGCCUUGUCGGGUUCGUGUCGCUUUCUCUAGCCGCAAUUGCAUUAUACAAGACCAAGAACUGUCGAGCUUGGAUCUCACUAGUUGCCUACAUCCCGGGAGCUCUUUCAAGUAUCUUACUACUUGCUCUUCCAUGGUCCAACAAGUGGGGACUUGUGACUGGAAUUUGGAUUCGCUCAGCUGUCGGAGUUCCAUACGCCGUUGUUAUGAUCUGGGCAGCAAACGCAUCUGCAGGACACACCAAAAAGACGACUGUCAUUGCACUCUACCAUAUUGGAUAUGGCUUAGGGAACAUCAUAUCACCACAACUGUUUCAGCCGCAGUGGAAGCCCCGGUAUCGCCCGACUUGGAUUAUCUUGCUUGUUGUCGCCGCAAUUCUCCCCGCCAUGACCAUUGUCACACUCUGGGUCUAUCUCAAUAAGGAGAACAAACGAAGAGAUCGACUUGAGAGCGAAAAUCAAGUCAACGAUACAGGAGUUGUUGAGACGGUUGACGCGGACGGUACACGAACAGCACACGUCGUCAACAACACUCAACUAGACUUGACAGAUAGAGAGAACCUGAAAUUCCGAUACGUCCUUUAA